AUACACGAUAUACCCAUCUGUAUAUAUAUACAGACACAUAUCUGUUCUUUUUAGAGAGAGAAAGAGAGAAGGGAAUGAGAACAAGGCGUGGGAUUUCUUAUCCCAAGGUGAAUAACAUAUGUUGUGAGAAGAGAAGAAGAGAUGGCAAUUUUCCGGGUGAGAAGAUGAUACAGAGCCGGAAAAGGUUCAAGUCGUCGUCGGGGACACCGGUGGUGACUCUUUCCGGCCAGUGUGAUUUUCUUGAUACGCUUCCAGACGACAUCGUUUUGUUUAUACUUGCAAAGCUUGGUGCCACCGCCGGUUGUCCCUCCGAUUUUGUGAGCGUUUUAUCAACAUGCAAAAGGUUAAACGCGUUAGGUGUUCACUCUCUUGUGUUAUCAAAAGCAUCUCCGAAAGCGUUCGCUUUUAAAUCUGAAAACUGGUCGGAAUCUGCUCACCGGUUUCUUAAACAGUGCUCAGAUGCCGGAAAUGUUGAAGCUUGUUACACACUUGGCAUGAUUCGGUUUUACUGUUUGCAAAAUCGAGGAAGCGGAGCGUCUCUAAUGGCUAAGGCGGCGAUUAAUUCUCACGCUCCGGCGUUAUACGCACUUGCUGUGAUUCAGUUCAACGGUAGCGGAGGUUCAAAAACUGACAAGGACUUACGCGCCGGUGUAGCUCUUUGCGCCCGUGCGGCGUUUCUUGGCCACAUCGACGCGCUCCGGGAACUCGGACAUUGUCUCCAAGAGGGUUACGGCGUACGUCAGAACAUUGUCGAAGGCCGGCGGUUUUUGGUUCAAGCCAACGCCCGUGAACUUGCAGCAGUACUUUCAACAACUCCAUCGGCGUUGAUGUCCGGUAACUGGCUGACAUGGAACCCGCUACCUCACCUCCGCCAUGGAAACGUCGUGGGUCCUGGGUGUCCUUUACUUAGCGAUUUCGGAUGUAACGUGCCUGCACCGGAACCUCAUCCAUCCAACCGAUUUCUUACAGAUUGGUUUUCCGAUAAGGUACUUGCUCCGGGACUUCGUUUAUGCUCUCAUGCCGGUUGUGGUCGGCCGGAGACUAGAAAACAUGAGUUCCGGCGAUGUUCAGUCUGCGGAGCUGUUAACUACUGUUCUCGAGCGUGUCAAGCACUCGACUGGAGGAUGCGUCACAAGAUGGAGUGUAGACAGGCUGAAAGGUGGGUCAAUGACGGCGACGGUGAAGACAACGGCAAUGUUAACGACGGUGAUGGAAUGGUUGUCGAGAGUUGAAACGUUCGCCGGAGAUACUGAACUUGACGGUAACGAUAACGGUACCGGUGAUUAUAACGGCAGUUGAAGCAAAGUUUUGUUGGGGAUAGUUUUGGAAUUUCAAAAAUAUGCUGUCUUUUGACGUUUGCCGGAAUCUCGACGUUAGUAAGAGAAGUUCAGAGAAGUUUGAAAUGUCACGACGUGGUGGCAUGUUUGCCACAACAUGAUGACCGGUCUGGUUACGACUGCUUUGUCGUGAAGCUACCACGACGUGGGUAAUGGGUGACCAUGAUGUGGAGGUCAGUGGACGUUGACUUUGACCGUUGUCUUUUUUUACCUAGGUUACUUUUGUCAGAUUGAUAGUUUUAGAGUGUAGACUAAUGUUUGACCUUGAGUGUUUCGAUAGGUGCGUUGUAGCAUCGGUUUCACGACUUUACGAGUUGUGAUUGUUUUGACUUCGAGUGGAAGGUGACUUUUCUCACUAUACUAUGUAGGAUGCUAGUUAUCUUUUUGACUUGCAUUUAUGUUGGUGGGGCCUAUUACAUAUGAUGAGCGGGGAACGAUAUGUAGUUCUGGUUCCAAUGGAAAUGGUUCGACUUGAUCGCACUGCAUCAACUGAAGUUUUAUUUCGCACUACCUUUUUAUGACUCACUGUGAUGUUUGAUAAUACAUUACACUUUGAUUGUCUUUUGGAACAAAUGAAUGAAUGUGUUGGGUU